AUGAGAUCUCCUCCAGAAGAGAAAAAGGAUACGAUAAAUCCUAUACAGCAAAUGAGAAGAGAAAAGGUUGUAAAAGAAUAUAAUGGUAAUAGCCAAGUAAUAGUAAAUAUUAGAACAGCUAGGAAAACAUUUAAAAGAUGGCUUCUUGCUUCCUGGGAUGCAGCUCAAGGUAGACAUAGCAAGGGGCGGAUCCAGGACAAAAUGACAGUGGGGCACCAUGACGGGAAAAAGUAUAAUUCUGGUUAUGGCUGCUGCUCCUGGCUUCUGACCACAUUGUUGCUUCUGGAUACUUCUGCUGAGCAUUACUAUAAUGAUGUGCAUAAGACCACUAGAUCAGUGGUAAAACACAGUUUUGGGCUAUUAAACUGUCAUUUCAGGGCAAAGGAUGUCAAUCCAUUUCCAUGUUUUGGCCCAGAAGCUAGUUGCGUGCAUAGGAUGAAAUACAAAGUCAUCUUUACCCUGCUGUAUAGGAGAGAGUUGGAAUGCAUCCAUGACAAAGGGCUGUGAAAAUGCGACUUCUCAAAAAAAUAGUCUUGUGGAUUUGCUUAAUCCCGGAUUAGGAGAAAAUGUAUCCAAGUCAAUGGGUAAAUUGAGCCAUUUGGGGGUAGAUGAAACAAUUGACUUUUUCAAGUGUAAAUAUGAGCGUAAUUAAAAAAAAAAUACAGUAGUGCCUUUUC